UAUAUGUACAAAGCUAUAAGAUGGAUCUGCUACUAGUGUUCUGCGUUCUACUCCUGAGUAUAGACAAGGGACAGUGCAACCACUUCAAAAAUAGUUGCGGUGAAACUAGUGAUAUUGGUAACAUUAGGCUGGUGGAACCAAGACACACUCUAAAUGAUGGCACUGUACAAAUCUGUAACCUGUUUAUACAUAACAACAAUGUGCCACAAAUUACUUGGUGUUACUUGAACAGUACAGAAAGUUGGAACACGACUGCUGCUAGAGUAGCAUGCAGGCAACUGGGACUACCACAUUCAGCUCCUACAGUAACCAUGAUUACACUACAGCCAGUGGUACAGGAGAAUAUAGUUAUUGGACCAGUGACUUGUAGCGGGACAGAAGUCAACGAAGUAAUUGCUUUUACCGGGACAUUACCAGUCAUGAGUACUAGUGGGACAUUAGGAGCACUCAUUGGUCUAUUGGCAGCUGCUCUAGUGGUGGUUGUCACUGGAUGGAUUGUGUCGUGUGUUUACUUACAGAGGAAAAUAAACAGGCAAGGCAGUGACCACACCCACAGUACACCACCCUCUAUCAACAAUCCAGUCCUUCAACACAAUCCAGCAUACACCCACACAACAGCUGCCUCUACGAGUGACCCCACUCUCCAACGUAAUCCAGUAUAUGAUUGGUCGACCACUGCUCCACACACCACGAACAUGGAACCAUCCUACGAGGUGGUCAGUGGUGGUGAGGGGGUGGGGCAUAGCUAUGAUGUCAUCAGUCCAACAGGUGCUCGUAAUACAAGCAAUGAAAGAGGAUCACAUGACUAAGCUUCAGUAAAUUCAGACAGUGUAUUGGACCACACUAGCUAAUAAGUGAUGUAAUUAUAGCCCACAGCUUAUACAUGAAAAUAUAAUUAU